CACUCUCAAUAAAGUUCAUUUUAAACGUGCGCUGUGACGUCACAGACAACAACAAUGGCAGCCAGUGGUUCAACUGUAACGGUUCUGACUCCAAACGGGAGAAGACAAGCCGUCAAAGUGACGCCAAACUCUCCCUUGCUUCAGGUCCUGGAGGAGGUCUGUGGCAAGAAUGGUUUCAACCCUGAUGAAUAUGGCUUGAAGUUUCAGAGGACAGUGUUGGACCUGACACGGCCGUGGAGGUUUGCCAACCUUCCCAACAACGCAAAACUGGAAAUGGUGACGAGUUCCAGGAAACAAGCAGCAGCUGAAAGUCAGGUCCGGGUCGCGCUCCAGAUGGAGGACGGUUCUCGGCUGCAGGACUCCUUCGGCUGUGGGCGGAGUCUGUGGGAGCUCAUCACCCACUUCUCCCCCAUCAGGGAGGCCGACCUGUCCGGAUCAGGAUCCACCCCAGUUUGUGUUUACAUGCGGGACGAGGUGAGCGGCGAGGAGGCGCUGAAGAAGACCAGCCUGAAAUCUCUGGGUCUGACCGGAGGAAGUGCCAUCAUCAGGUUUUUGCUAAGGAAGGAUAAAGAUGAAGAUGCUGCUGUGCCAGUCACACCUGUUGCCAUGGUAACCAGGCAGAGCCAACCUUCUCUGUCUGAUCCCACUCCGUCAUCCGCGGAAGGUUCCACAUCUGCCCCGCCUGAAAGCUCCAUCCCCGUUGACCCAUCAGAACCUCCUGCCACGCUGAUGAGCAGCACUUCUGUUCAGCACAGGGACGCUCAGCCCGAACCCCCCCCCACAGAAACUCCCCCACCUGCUCAGGAGGAGGAGGAGCAAGCAGGACCAUCGCAGGCGAGCUCUCAGCCCUCCUCUUCUGUAGCUCCCGUGGCUCCCUUUGUUCCUUUUUCUGGGGGGGGUCAGCGCCUUGGGGGUCCAGGUGGGGGGACAGGUUUCCCUGCUGUGGUGGAAUCCCCCAAAGCCAAGAAGGCAAAAGGCAGCGACGGUCCAAGCACCAAGGGUAAACGCGCUGCUCACCUUAAGGACCAGGAGGAGAAUCCGGAGUUUUUGGAGCCGGUGGAUAGGGAGCCUCUCAUCUACCACCUGGACUCCAGACCCCAUCAGGCUCAGGACCUGGGAGAUCUGCCUGAUGAGUUCUUCGAGGUGACGGUGGACGACGUGCGGAAACGCUUCGCCCAGCUGAAAAGUGAGAGGAAACUGAUGGAAGAAGCUCCACUCAUGACUAAAUCUCUGAGAGAAGCACAGAUGAAGGAAAAGAUGGAACGAUAUCCCAAAGUGGUCCUGAGGGUCCAGUUUCCAGACAGACAUGUCCUACAGGGCCUCUUCAGGCCUCUGGAGACAGUUGGUGCUGUCAGACAUUUUGUCAGGACUCACCUGGAUGACGCUCAGCUCAGUUUUUACCUGUUCGUGGCUCCUCCAAAAACGAUUCUGGACGACCCGUCAGUCACACUCUUCCAGGCUGGUCUGUUUCCUGGAGCGCUGCUGUACUUCGGCUCUGACGUCAAAACAGACUUUCACAUUCGGAGGGAGCUGCUGAAAACGUCUGUUUUAGCCCUGCAGGCAGACCAGACCCUGACCAGCUUCAUCAGCAGCUCCUCGGCUGGACCUGAUGAGCCGGUUCUACCCCCAGAACCUGCAACGUCUCCACAGAAACCAGAACCGACUUCACACAACCAGGCUGAUAAACCUGCCAGAACCGACCCGGGAAAGGUGCCCAAGUGGCUCAAACUUCCAGGGAAGAAGUGAAGACUGCGUGUGAGGAUGAAGACUUGCUGCUCCUUGUCUGAAGGCUUUGUGACCACAGUGGACCCCCCCCCCCCCCCCCCUCACAGCACUCGCCCCCCCCUCAUGAAUGAUUCCUGGCUGCUGUGAACGCUCAGAAAAUAAAAUACAAUAAAGGUUUUGGUUUUAAAAUGG